AUGAAUCUCUACAGGGUCGCACAAAGGAAGCAAGGCAACUAUACAGUCAAGAGAGAAUCCUCUCUGGGCCACAUCCAGAGACAGGGUGCACUUUUUCCAUUCUCCUGGAGCAGACCAUCGCAAUCUAUAUCAGACUUGGCACGGUUGCAUAUUACGGUCGGAGAGCCGUUCGAGCUGCCAGUACUAAUGUCUGACCAAUCAUCACGACAUUUUUCUAUAAAUACGGCUCGACAUACUCUCAUUCGGCUCGUUGCUGAAAGCCUAUCGUAUGAGAGCGACAUUGCACAAUAUCAGAAAGAGCUAGGCCGAUUCGGCCAAAAAAAAAAGCCGAUUGUAUCCAAGAAAACUAGACCUGGAAGCAAAGCUCAUACGGUGGAAGCAGAGAUUUAA